AUGCAGACUGCUUCUACUAACAUUUGUGAAAGACUGUGCAACAAGUCCAUCCGUGACAUUUCCUUGCUACUAAAUAUUCCACGGUCAACUGUUAGUGGUAUUAUAACAAAGUGGAAGCAACUGCAAACAACAGUAACUCAGCCACAGAGUGGUAGGCCACGUAAAAUGACAGAGCGGGGUCAGCGCAUGCUGAAGCGUACAGUGCGCGGAAGUCGCCAACUGUCUACCGUGUCAAUAGCUAAAGACCUCCAAACUUCAUGUGGCCUUCAGAUUAGCACAACAGCAGUGCAUAGAGAGCUUCAUGGAAUGGGUUUCCAUGGCCGAACAGCUGCAUCCAAGCCUUACAUCACCAAGUGCAAUGCAAAGAGUUGGAUGCAGUGGUGUAAAGCACGCUGCCACUGGACUGCA